GCGGGAGAGUCAAAACAUCGCCAUUUUAGAAAUUAUUCUUUUUCUUGCUGAUAUCUGUCAACUCUGGAUGAAUUAUUCUGUAGAGAUGUAGUUGAAUGAUGAAUAUUUAGGCGAAGAGUAGUAAGAAUGAUAUUCGCUGUACAUGAAUGAACGAUGGAGUCAGAAUAAGGGUUACUCUACUGCAAAAAUUGGAACCUAAAAAUGAAAGAUGGCUGACAAUCUUUUUUGCCAAAAACUUCCAGUGUUGAUAAAGUACUCGGAUCUUGAAGAAAGAAAAUGCUCAAUACAAGUGUCUGUUGAUGUCCAGAUUGCUACCUCUCCCCACCAUAGAAAGGAGUUGGUGAUCAGACUGACUGAUGAAAAUGAUUUGUUUUUUCUGUAUACAUUGAAGCUGAAUGAAGAGGAUUUCCAAAGUCUUAAAAGUCAACAGGGUCUAUUGGUAGACUUCAGUUCUUUCCCCCAGAGUGUCAUAGAUCUGCUGGAACUGUGUCUCAAGGAAGAGGCUAAUACAGUGCCCAAGUUUGUGCUGCAUUUGGUGACUACAUCAAAGUUGGGUGUUAAUUCUGGUCCCUCUCACCUGAAUGUUGUUGAGACUAACCCAUUCAAACACCUCACCCACCUCUCCCUCAAGUUGCUACCUGGAUCAGACACAGACAUUAAGAAGUACCUUGCAACAUGUCUUAGUCAACUAAAGGAGUAUACCACUAAACUAGAGCGCAGUGCUGAAAACAAGGAAUCAGACCUAACACAGAGGCUUGCACAGACCCAACAGGCACUGUCAGCCAGGACUAGAGAACUGGAUAGCUUGAAAGUAGAGUGGGAGUCCCGCACCAGUGAGCUCUCAUCAAGACUAAGUAAAGACAUCAACACAGAGCGUGAACGAGCUGUACAGAUUCAGAGCAGUAGUCAUCAGAAGUAUGAGAGAGAGAAGAGGGAGUUAGAACAGGCACACAUGCAGAUUGUGAAACAAUUAGAGACUAGGGCCUAUGACUUGGAGUCAAAAAACAAGGAUUUGAUGGACCGUAAAUACCAGGCCGAGUCUUCAAUAAGAGAUCUCAAAUCAAAGCUUUCCAGUAUUGAAGAAGAACAUGUGAGAGCAAAACAAGAACUUCAGUCUUUACGGAAACACAACUCUUCCCUUGAUGGUGACAGAUAUGAACAGGAAAAGGUACUAAACCAAGCAAGGACCAGAAUAGCUGUGUUAGAACAAGAGGUGAAGGAUAAAGACCAAGUGAUGUCACGCUCCAAUGAUUUACUAAGCCUUGAACAGGAUCAAAAGAAAAAGUGUGAGGAAGAACUAGAAAAGAAGUCUCGUCAUGUUAGCAAACUGGAACAAUCUGUGAAAGUCAUGUCAGAUGAAAUGGUGAAAGCCAAUGAGAUUAUAAAGAAACUUCAAGGAGAAAUCAGGAAUUACCAUGGAAAGCUGAAACUCCGUAACCAAGUGACGACAGAGCAGGAAAAUAUCUUGGGUGAAAAAUCUAAAGAAAUAGACAAUCUCAAGAAAGACCUGGAAACAACACAAAGAAAUCUCAAGCAGAAAGAAGAAGAGACCACCAAACUAAAUGAAUCACUAGAGAAUACCAUGAAGAAACUGGAGGAAAGUAAACAACUACUAAAGACAAAUGAAAAUGUGAUAAAUUGGUUGAACAAACAAGUGACAGAACAGCAGAUGUCUCAUACAAGAACAGGCACAUUUGAGAUGCAUAGCGCAAAUAACAGUGCUGCCACCUUUAGGCCAACUAGCACAGGACUGCACAACUUCAGCAGUGGUAGCUACAGUACAGGGGUGACUCAGGCAUCUCUGGGGAAUGCUGGGAAUAAUUUACAAGUACCCCCGUCAAGGCAGCCUCAGGUGCAGUUCCAACCAGGGUUAUCGAGACCAUCAGCUGUGACCCUCAGUCGUACCAGCCCCAUACCACCAAUACCCGAAGAGAUCUCCCCCAAAACUUCACCAACACCGCAUCGCAAUAAGGAAAAUGAUCCACCACUGGAUCCAAAGUACCUGCAGAAAUCCUCUAGCAACAAGACUGUUCCUGUCUCCUUGGCAACUGGUAGUACCAGAUUGAGUAAACAGGGAAUAAUACCCAACACAAGGCCUGCUUUGGUCGCCAAACAACCAACACUGGCCUCUGCAUAUUUCCCAUCUCAGGCACGGACUUAACAUUAAGGCAGCUAUUUCAGGAAUGACCUUAAAACUGACAGUCCUGGUGUGACUUACCAGGUUCAAGGUCUUAAACUUGAUUGUUUCACAAAUGACAACUCUCAAUUUGUAAAAGAGCCUCUGCAUUUUCACAUACUCAAUUUUGAUAUAAAUAAUUCCAGAAUAUGGGUGAUGAUGAUCAAGUAUAUCUCAAACUUCAAAAUUAACUACCUCCUUUUGAUUCAUGUAAAAGGGAAAUGAUGUGUUUAAGUUGUAGUGAUGGUCCCUCCAUUUACAUAUACUGCCAAAUAAAUACCAUGUACCACACAUUACUUACAUUACCACAUUGCCAAAUAUCAACAGGAGAACAAAGCAUAUAUUGUAUAAAAUGAAAUUUAUUUUGAGCAAUUUCUAAAGCACAAUUUGUGCAUAAACCUUGAACAAUUUGAACUCGUAAUACUGUUGAAAUAUUUACUAUGUUUCAAUAUCAUUGUGAUUUUCAAGGGAAGUUGAGAUUUCAUCCAUUGCUCAGUUUUUGUUUGUGGUAUAACUACAAGGGCCAUUACUUGGAUAUACCACCCCCAAAAUGCAAUCUGAU